GAAUGCGAUCGCCUGCGGAUCUGCAGCUGGGCACCGGCCGCAGCGCCCGCCCCGCCGACGGCAGGGACUGAAGGGACUCGUGAACGUUCGCGGACGUGUCUCGGUGGCGCCCAGCACCGAGGAGGCAGGCAGGAAGGGAUUCCCACCCAGUGCCACGUGAGAACGCAGGCGUGCAUCGCAGACAGGCCACACAGGCUCGGCGUACAGGUUUGCAGCAACCCGGUCAGGUACAGAGCCGAGGCCCAGGUAGGUAUGCUCAGCUGCACGCAGGAAGCAAGACACACCCAGACAUACACAGGCAAGCCCUCACUCAGAGAAAGAAGGUGCAGAUGUGUCUUGGGUAAUCGCAGCCACAGUCUCUCAAGCGUCACACACACAUACUGACACUCAGAUACACAGACACACAGAGAUACCCAGGACAUGUCAAGCCCACAGCACAAACAGGCCCCUACAGGUUGACCCGGAGGCUGUGUGGGCCGAGGCUGCUGCACACGUGUGCCCAGAUCCUCCCACCCCCACCCCAAUCCCGUGUCCUGCUCCAGGGAAGUCCAGGCAGGGCUCACAUGACCCAAGGGGAGGGCUCCCGGGACAGCCCUCGGAGAAACUGCAUCAUCCUCACGAAUGAUCCACUUCCUCCCCAGGGAAUAAAGGCUCAGGGACCAGCAGUUCUGCCCUGGAGCCCACCAGCCUCUCAGAGCCUCCAGUGACUGGCCUGUGUCUCCCCCAGGAUGGACAUGUGGACGGCGCUGUUCUUCCUACAAGCCUUGUUGCUACCCUCCCUGGCUGAUGGUGCCACCCCUGCCCUGCGCUUUGUAGCCGUGGGCGACUGGGGAGGGGUCCCCAAUGCCCCAUUCCACACGGCCCGGGAAAUGGCCAAUGCCAAGGAGAUCGCUCGGAGCGUGCAGAUCCUGGGUGCAGACUUCAUCCUGUCUCUAGGGGACAAUUUUUACUUCACUGGUGUACAAGACGUCAAUGACAAGAGGUUCCAGGAGACCUUUGAGGACGUAUUCUCUGACCGCUCCCUUCGCAACGUGCCCUGGUACGUGCUGGCUGGAAACCAUGACCACCUCGGCAACGUCUCUGCCCAGAUUGCCUACUCUAAAAUCUCCAAGCGCUGGAACUUCCCCAGCCCUUUCUACCGCCUGCGCUUCAAGAUCCCACGGACCAAUGUGUCUGUGGCCAUUUUUAUGCUGGACACAGUGACACUAUGUGGCAACUCAGAUGACUUCCUCAGUCAGCAGCCUGAGAGGCCCCGAGACGUGAAGCUGGCCCGCACACAGCUGUCCUGGCUCAAGAAACAGCUGGCAGCAGCCAGGGAGGACUAUGUGCUGGUGGCCGGCCAUUACCCCGUGUGGUCCAUAGCCGAGCACGGGCCUACCCACUGCCUGGUCAAGCAGCUACGACCACUGCUGGCCACAUACAGGGUCACCGCCUACCUGUGCGGCCAUGAUCACAAUCUGCAGUACCUGCAAGAUGAGAACGGCGUGGGCUAUGUGCUGAGUGGCGCUGGGAAUUUCAUGGACCCCUCGAAGCGGCACCAGCGCAAGGUCCCCAACGGCUAUCUGCGCUUCCACUAUGGGACUGAAGACUCACUGGGUGGCUUUGCCUAUGUGGAGAUCAGCUCCAAAGAGAUGACUGUCACUUACAUCGAAGCCUCGGGCAAGUCCCUCUUUAAGACCAGCCUACCGAGGCGAGCCAGGCCCUGAACUCCCAUGACUGCCCAGCUCUGAGGCCCGAUCCCCACUGUUGGUGGGUGGGCCCUGCUGGGACCCUACUCACAGAGAGGCUUUUCCUCCGACCUGUGGCGCUGCAGCACGGCAGGAAGGGGAAGCACAGCUGAUGAACUGUGGUGCCACGUGACCCUUGUGGCACAGAUGCCCACGUAUGUGAAACAGACAUGGACACGUGUCCCAGCCACAGUGUUAUGCUCUGUGGCUGGCUCACCUUUGCUGAGUUCCGGGGUGCAGUGGGGGAGUAAGGGAAAGCUUCCUCCUAAAUCAAGCAUUUUUCUGUCACUGAUGUUCAAUAAAAGAAUAGUUGCCAAGGCUGAA